UUGGAGUGUUCUUCUCAGUUUUUUUCAUGCGGUGUUCUCACCGCAUGUCAACCUUAGAAUAAUUUUCGCGAACCCUGGGUUCGAGAUGCUGGAGCAAGUGGCCCGUGAAAUCCAGCUGAGUCGAGUGUGCUCUUCGCGUGCCUAAGUUGCCUGUGAGGUGAAAGAAGCUGCUCCAUUUGCGACUUACAAUGGCAGAGAAGGACUGGCGGCCGUUUGUCUACGGCGGAUUGGCGUCGAUCACGGCGGAAUUUGGAACAUUCCCCAUCGACACAGCGAAAACGAGGCUGCAAGUUCAAGGGCAGACGAUCGACAAGAAGUUCGCGGACCUCAAGUACCGGGGCAUGAUCGACUGCUUCGUGAAGAUCUCCCGGGAGGAAGGCGUGAAGGCUCUUUACUCAGGGAUUUGGCCGGCAGUGCUGCGACAGGCGACUUACGGAACAAUCAAGUUCGGGACGUACUACAAUUUGAAGAAGGUCCUCACGGAGCACGGGUUCCUCGUUGAUGCUGAAACUGGUCGGGAGUAUGUUUGGGGCAACGUGGCGUGCGCCGUGAUAGCAGGCGCAGUGUCCAGCGCGAUAGCGAAUCCCACGGAUGUGCUGAAGGUGCGCAUGCAGGUUCAUGGCAAGGGAACUGCACAUCUGGGAUUGGUCGGUUGCUUCCAGGAGAUAUACGCCUUCGAGGGAGUGCGUGGGCUGUGGCGGGGAGUGGGUCCCACUGCCCAGCGAGCCGCAGUGAUCGCCGCCGUGGAAUUGCCUGUUUACGACUUCUGCAAGCAUCAGCUCAUGAACGCCUUCGGAGAUCAAGUAGCCAAUCACUUUAUAUCUAGUUUUAUAGCCAGUUUAGGUAGCGCCAUUGCUUCCACACCAAUUGAUGUGAUACGAACGAGGCUAAUGAAUCAGAAACGGGUUGCAGCUGUGUCAACAGUGCCUGGGGUGACUCCCAGGAAAAUCUACACGAGCAGUCUCGACUGUGCCGUUCAGACCGUGAGAAAUGAAGGUUUCUUCGCACUCUACAAGGGAUUCAUUCCGGCGUGGCUGCGGAUGGGUCCGUGGAACAUUAUCUUCUUCAUUACGUACGAACAGAUGAAAAAGUUUUGAGCUGUCCGCUC